GGUAGAGGCUGGGGGGUGGGGGGUUGGCUCCGCUGUGUGCGACUGUGUGGGGCAGCCUGGGGCAGCCCUGGAGCGGCUGACCCUCUGCCUGUGGGGACGGGAGUCGCGAGGCGGCCGCCAUGGCGGGGUCGGAGAGCCAGCUCAAGAAAAUGGUGUCCAAGUACAAAUACAGAGACCUAACUGUACGUGAAACUGUCAGUGUUAUUACUUUAUACAAAGAUCUCAAACCUGUAUUGGAUUCAUAUGUUUUUAAUGAUGGCAGUUCCAGGGAACUAAUGAACCUCACUGGAACGAUUCCUGUGCCUUAUAGAGGUACUACAUAUAAUAUUCCAAUAUGCCUGUGGCUGCUGGACACAUACCCAUAUAAUCCCCCUAUCUGUUUUGUUAAGCCUACUAGUUCAAUGACUAUUAAAACAGGAAAGCAUGUGGAUGCUAACGGGAAGAUAUAUCUUCCUUAUCUACAUGAAUGGAAACACCCACAGUCAGACUUGUUGGGGCUUAUUCAAGUUAUGAUUGUGGUGUUUGGAGAAGAACCUCCAGUCUUUUCUCGUGCUACUAUUUCAGCGUCCUAUCCACCAUACCAGGCAACAGGGCCACCAAACACUUCCUACAUGCCAGGCAUGCCAAGUGGAAUUUCUGCAUACCCAUCCGGAUACCCUCCCAAUCCCAGUGGUUACCCAGGCUGUCCUUACCCACCUGGCAGUCAGUAUCCUUCCACAACAAGUUCCCAGUACCCUUCCCAGCCUCCUGUGACCACUGUUGGUCCCAGUAGGGAUGGCACAAUCAGCGAGGACACUAUCCGAGCCUCUCUCAUCUCAGCAGUCAGUGACAAACUGAGAUGGCGGAUGAAGGAGGAAAUGGAUCGUGCCCAGGCAGAGCUCAAUGCCUUGAAACGAACAGAGGAAGACCUGAAAAAAGGUCACCAGAAACUGGAAGAGAUGGUUACCCGUUUAGAUCAAGAAGUAGCUGAGGUUGAUAAAAACAUAGAACUUUUGAGAAAGAAGGAUGAAGAACUCAGUUCUGCUCUGGAGAAAAUGGAAAAUCAAUCUGAAAACAAUGAUAUUGAUGAAGUUAUCAUUCCCACAGCCCCACUAUACAAACAGAUCCUAAAUCUGUAUGCAGAGGAAAAUGCUAUUGAAGACACUAUCUUUUACCUGGGAGAAGCCUUGAGGCGGGGAGUAAUAGACCUGGACGUCUUCCUGAAGCAUGUACGUCUUCUGUCCCGUAAACAGUUCCAGCUGAGGGCAUUAAUGCAGAAAGCAAGAAAGACUGCCGGUCUCAGUGACCUCUACUGACUCCUCUGAUACCAGCUGGAGACUGAGCUCUUCUAAAGCAUUCUUUUCUUCUCUUCCUUUCUCUUAUAUCAGUAGGUGCCCAGAAUAAGUUAUUGCAGUUUAUCAUUCAAGUGUAAAAUAUUUUGAAUCAAUAAUAUAUUUUCUGUUUUCUUUUGGUAAAGACUGGCUUUUAUUAAUGCACUUUCUAUCCUCUGUAAACUCUUUUUGUGCUGAAUGUUGGGACUGACUAUGCUAAAUAAAA